GUCGAGGUGGUUCAGCAGGAGCGGAACGUCAGCGGCGCAGAGAAGAGGAGGAGGGUCCUUUGGAAGCCGUUCAGCGUGUGGAAGAAGGAUGAGCUCAAGCAGCGCCCCGAGCUUGGCGAGAGGGAUCUUAUCACCAACUGGCGGAAGGCCUUGCUUAACGCAGAUAUCACACAUAAGUUCGGCAACGAGUGGCACAUCGGCGAGUAUAUUGGCAUAGUCGACGACGACGUCCAGGGCUCCUUCUCCGAAGUUGGCGUCCGUAGCACUACUAUGACCGAGGGCUCGGAUGAGCUGGCCGAGGCGACAGCGAUGGCCACCAGUGUGCAUCUUCGGGCCACCCAGGAGCGGUCCGCCAACGGCCCAUCGGUCGUUCUUGCAUCAUCUUCCUCGUCCGCGGGCCCUGCCAUCGCCCCGCAGUGCGUCUCCAACAUCAUGGAGGUCGACGACCGCUUGGGCUCUUCCGAGGCUGGCAUCGCGGCGAUUACCGAUCGGUUCGCCGCUCAGGAGAGGGCGCAGAAAGAGCUCGAGGCACUGCACAUGGAGGAGCUCGUGGAGGCUGACAAGUUCGACGCGCCCGCUCAUGAGAGCAGCUCGGCCCAGAAUCAGGAUCUCAACAUCUACGACCUCGAGAUCGAGCACCGCAAGUGGGCGUCGAAGCUGGGCAUCGCGGCAGACGGCGCCGGCCCUGAGUGCGAGAGCAUUGUUGACCACGCGAAGGACGUGAUGUUCAAGGGCGCUGAGAUGCCCGCCGACUUCAAGCUCGCCUUGGAUGCGGUCACCGCGGCUUCCAAGGACAUGGACGAUGCCAGGAUGAUCUUGAUCAAGAAGCUCAGCGAUCACCUGGCGGAGGUCAGCGCUGAGAUGCGCAGCGAUUCCCCUAUCAACCUCGCCGACGCCAAAGGGGCUUUCGCCACGAUGCGCGAGGAGUUCCUGGGCCCCCAAGGCCAGGUGGCGUCGCUUAGGAAGCGUCUCACAGCCAUUCGCCAGUUGGUCCAGAAGCACCACAACGGGGCCAUGAAGGCAUCGAAAGCUGAGAAUGCGAGGGCGAAGAUGAACGUCUCUGCCGAGGUGGUGAACCAGGGCGGUGCUGGCACGGCCAUGUCCUACAUGUACAACACAGUGUGGGUGUCUCAUGAGCGGAAGGACAGCGGCCUUCUCGAGGCGACCGCCAAGUUCAGGGACUCGGAGGGUUGCGUGAAGUACACCACCAGCGAGCAGACGGUCAAUAAUAUCGAUGACAACAAGAGCUUCCAGAGCUUCCUCACGUGGUUCGCCGAUCUGGCGCAGAAGAGCUCGAAGCCAAGCACGACUGCCGUGAUCAGCAACCCGUCCGUCACCAAGUUCUUGAGGACCACGCUGAAGGACACGACCCCGAUGAAGCUAGAUCUGUUUCAGCGCCCAGUGUUCCACGAUAAGGAGUACAAUGAUAUGAUCACCGCACUGUUUGACAUGAGCCAUUGGUCCCACUGCGAGGGAUAUCUUAAUGUGGCACCUGCAGCGCACGGUUUGGCGGAGGUCCGCCCUGGUGACAUUGUGUGCUUGCCAGCAGGGUUCAUUUUGUCGGUUUCGUCGCCAGAGCGCACGGCUGGCCUGAAGUGGGCUUUGCCUCCGAAGUCGGAGUCUGAGACAGAUCAGGUCCGCGCUGUGUCUUCCGCGCUGCUGGACGCCUUCCCAGCACUGCGCGGCGCGCGCUAUGGUCUCUGGCAGAAAUACCUCCAGAGCAUCCCAGCUUAG